AUGGAUUGGGUGCGUAAAUACGGCAAAGUUUUCGGUUUAUUCUUCGGCAACGAACCAGUUCUGGUGAUCAGUGAUCCGCAACUGAUCAAACAAAUCUGUAUUAAGGACUGGCAUGUAUUUAUCAAUCGGUCGCAAUCAAACGUGACCACUACCGAAGCUCAUCCUAUACUACAGUAUCAUUUGGAUUCGGCCGCCGGUCGCGAAUGGCAACGACUGCGCGGUAUUGUUACCCAAAUAUUUACCGGCUCUAAGAUCAAGUCGAUGAUACCGAAGAUACACGACUGUACAAUGCAAAUGUGCCGUACAUUGGAUCCAUUGGCCGCCACCGGUCCCCGUGAAGGUAUCGGCGGCACUGGCGGCGGACAAGUAGUCGAUAUGAAAGAGUUUUAUGUCAACUAUGUUAUGGACUCGACAGCCACUACCGUCUAUGCCGUACCGCUUGACUCCAAUCGUCAGCCGAAACAUCCGUUUGUCCAGAACACCCGUCAACUGGUCAGUCCUAACUGGUAUCGUAGUCUACUGUUCCUACUGUUACCCCAAUCGUUGCUCAACCUGUUUGGCCUGAAAUUUCUGAUACCCGAUUCGGUUAACGAAUAUUUUUUCGAUGUUACCCGUCGGCUGAUUCACGACCGCAACAACGAUAGCAACCGAUACAAUGAUUUUGUAAAAUUUCUAUUAAAAGCCCGAAUCGAUGACAACACUAUCGAUGAAUAUAAUAUCUAUGAAAAAGGUAUGAAAAAGUUUCUGAACGACGACGAAAUUGUGGGAACCGGUUGGUCGCUGAUCGGUGCCGGCUAUGAGGCCCGAGUAUUGACCUUAUCGUUCGGUACCUACGAGUUGGCAAUGAAUCCCGAACUACAGGAACGACUCUACGGGGAAGUGAUGACCGCUUUUUUCGACGACGACGACUCGGCAUCCGAUGGCCACCGAUUGGACUACGAAAAGAUGAUUGCGUUGCCAUUGUUGGAGGCGUUCAUCAACGAAACCUUGAGGUUGCAUACGUCGGCCAUACGUGAAGGUCGUAUGGCUGUCCAGGACUAUUGGUUAGGCGAUACAGGUUUGCUGGUUAAAAAAGGUGAACAAGUAGAGUUUCCGUUUUAUGCUAUACAUCACUGUCCUGACUACUACCCGAACCCGGAAGCCUUUCUACCCGAACGUUUUCUACCGGAAAAUCGCCAUAAACUGGUACCCUAUACGUUCAUGCCGUUCGGUAUGGGUGCCCGACAGUGUGUGGCCAUGAGGUUUGCCUAUUUGGAGUUCAAAUAUGUUUUCUGUCAGCUUAUCCGACGCUAUCGUUUUGCCCGUAGUCCACAAACAGAUAUACCGCCCCGUAUUACGCCCAAUACGGCCGUCUAUUCACCUCAACGUAUACUAGUUAAUAUUGUAUCCAGAUAA